AGAGAAACAUUGUUCUUCUCAUUAUUUCUUGUUAUUUUGUUCAGAAAUUUUACAGAUUUUUGUUUUCCUUUACGUUCAUGUAGACUUUUUGUUGUUAAUGGUGAGACUUUCUUUCUUUUUCUUUUCUCUUUAGGUCAAAGAUUGAUCUAUUAGAGCUUUAAUCGUGCACUUAAUGUUAAAUCGCAUGAAUUGAUUCAUUUUUCACAGCUGGUUUGUCCUUGUCCUGAUCAUAUUUCAUGGAUCAGAGAUGGAACUCUUUUAUUUUUUGGUUCCAUGUCUUAGGACAAUUUCCUAACAUUUAGUUUUUAUUUUUCUAUACUAUUUACUGUGAGAAAUGAGGAUUUCAGUGUAUGAAUUUGAUAGUUUUUAUUUUGUGAGUUUAGUUUCAGUUUCUUCCUCCUAAUUGUAAACGAUUGUUAUUAUUUGGCUAUUUUUAUCUUCUUGAUACUUCUUAUUAUCCUUUACUUCGGCACCUGUCCAUGAAUUUCAGACACUUUUUUUUUUUUUUUCAGUCCUUUGUUCGAUUUUUUAGGAGAUGUUUUUAUGGCUUAUUCUAUUUUUAGAGUGUCUUCCUUAUCCAUGCUCAAAUAUUCAAAAUCUUAGCUUUUUCAUAUUAUUUCAUCGAUAUUCCCUGUUUCAAUUUUGCCGAUAUUCCCUAGGCCUUAAAUUCUCGAACCUCUUAUUUCCUUUACAUAAGGCUCACUAUCCUUUUUUUAUUCCGGCAACACUGCAUUUUCCGGGGGGGAGUUCUAUUCAUUUUCCGGCCAAAUUGCAGUUUUGGCUUAGGCUCUUAAAGCAUGUGCAGUGGUCCAGAGCACCAAAAACCUAAUUCAAAUAACUCCUCUUCCAUGGAAAAAAUCAACAAUGACGUGUGUAAUGGGAAUCCUUCUCUGACUGAAGAAGACUCCUUCUCCCCUCUCCUCGAGCUAGCUGCCAAUAAUGACAUUGAAGGCUUCAAGAAAGCCAUGCAGAAUGAUCCAACUCUGAUUGAUGGUGUAGGAGUCUGGUAUUGUCGCCAAAACGGCUCUAAUCAAAUGGUUCUAGAGCAACGAACUCCUUUAAUGGUGGCUUCCAUGUACGGGAGCCUCGAAGUCUUGGCUCAUAUUCUCUCUGUUUUCUCUGAAACUUGCGGAAAUCUACAUUCUGGCGAGAAUCAGGCCACCAGAAAACAAUAUUCUGGUGUAAACAGGGCCUGUGGACCUGAUAAGAGCACUCCCCUUCACUGUGCGGCAUUUGGUGGGUCGGUAAAUGCAACCGAAGUGGUUAGACUUUUGUUGCAGGCCGGAGCUGACCUUGAUGCACUCGAUUCUCAUGGCCGCAGGCCUCAUGAUGUUAUUGUUACUUCACCAAAGUUGUCUCAUAUCCGUCUAGCUUUAGAGGAGCUCUUAUCUUCAGGGGAAAAGCCUUCCGGAAAACUCGAUGGGAAACCUGAUGGUGAAAUCAAUGUCUCCGUCUCUGUUUCUUCAUCUCCUCCUCUCUCUUCUUCACCGGAUGGUUCGUCUCCAAGAUCAAAUGAUUCAUCUUCUGUGAGCUCCCCAAAGUUUUUGCCAGAUUCUGCCCACUUUUCAGGCAAUUUCUCUGAGAAGAAGGAAUAUCCGGUGGAUCCGAGCUUGCCUGAUAUAAAGAAUAGUAUUUACACCACCGAUGAGUUUCGAAUGUAUUCUUUUAAGGUUCGGCCAUGCUCUCGAGCCUACUCUCAUGACUGGACAGAGUGCCCAUUCGUUCACCCUGGCGAAAAUGCGAGAAGGCGGGACCCGAGGAAGUAUCACUACAGCUGUGUUCCGUGCCCUGACUUUCGCAAGGGCGCAUGUCGCAGGGCAGACCUGUGUGAGUACGCGCAUGGGGUGUUUGAGUGCUGGCUGCACCCGGCGCAAUACCGCACUCGUCUUUGCAAGGAUGGGACGUCUUGCAUGCGAAGGGUUUGUUUCUUUGCCCACACCACAGAGGAGCUGCGACCCCUCUAUAUGUCGACUGGAUCUGCAGUUCCUUCACCCAGAUCAACUGCUGAUGUUCAGGGAUUGAUGCCUGGCUCCCCAUCCUCUGUCAAUAUUGGAUCACCGUUUGGAUCCCCGGGUGGCCUCGGGCAUACUUCCCUUGCGUGGCCGCAGCCAAGUGUGCCCACUCUUCACCUUCCCGUGAGUAGUGGGCUUCAGUCGAGCAGAUUACGCUCGUCGCUCAGUGCUCGUGAUAUGCCCAUGGAUGAGUUUGAGCAAGCUCAGCAACAGUUGCUAGGCGAGCUUGCCUGUCUCCCCUUGCAGCAACAGCGUAGCGCCACUGCUGCUCAACAACCUCGCCCUUUACGUUGCAAGACACUCACCCCUUCAAACCUUGACGAGCUCUUUGCUUCUGAGCUCGGUUCCCCGCGCUAUGCCGAAGCCUAUGCUCCUCUCAGCCCGCAAAUCCAGUCCCAAAAAGCGGCGGCCGUGUCGGCCUUCAACCAAAACAUGCUCAACCUGCCUCCCAUAAACACCAGCGUUUACCAACAAAAGAGCAUGGACCAGGCAUCGCUCCUUCAGGCCUCAUUUGUGCUAGGUUCACCGAGUAGAAUGUCACCUCGCGGGGUCGAGGCGUUGAUCUCUCCUCUUGGCUCGAGGGUGGCUGCCUUGGCGAAGCAGCAGCAGCAGCAGCAGCAGCAGCAGCAGGGGGGGUUGAGGAGCCAGAGUUCCCGGGACCUGGGCGCAGCUGCGGGCGCUGUGGUGGGCUCACCGGUGGGCUCAGGCUCUGUCUGGGGUACAGCCAAGUGGGGGUCGCCCAGCGGAAAAGUGGAUUGGGGGGUUGAUGGUUCCGAGUUUGGUGGGAGAUUCAGGAGAUCUAACUCGUUCGAUCUGGCUAACAAGAUUAACGAUUCGGGACUCGAUGAGCCGGAUGUUUCCUGGGUUCAGUCUUUGGUUAAGGAGUCGCCUCCUGAGCUCAAGGACAAGACUGGGUCGGCUUCUGUGGCUCAGGGCGACGGAUCAGCUCACGGUGCGCCGCCUCCGCUCGAAUCCAUGGAUCACUCAAUGCUUGGUGCAUGGCUCGAGCAGAUGCAGCUUGAUCAGCUCGUGGCUUGAGCCGACUCAAUAUUGGCUCCGAGCCUACUCUUCCUAGGCUUGAGCUGAUGAGUCAGGGGUAGAGAAGUAAAUAAUUGGGCUUUUUUUGGUAUUUUUGGGAGAAAGGAGGGCCUCCUUGAAAUUCGUUAUCGUUCUUUUUAAAAAAUCGGGGUUUAGGGUUUUCUUUGUUUUUAUAUGAAUUUUUAAUUUCUAGGAGGUCGUUGGAAUUUUCAUCUAAGCAUGAAACGACGAUCCAUUCGGCCUUUUGGUUUAAUCGAAUUUCCCUUUCUUUAAUGAAACUUUAAUUGUUUUUUUGGGUAUCAUUUAGUGGGUUUUUUAAUUCUAAUUUAA